UGUUGCACCAGGUGCAUCGAACAAAUGUGCACUGAAAAUAUCGACAGGGAAAACAAAACAAAAAAAACGGUUUAGGGCUCUGAGACUCAGGCUGUUUUUACCGUGAGAUGGACGAUGAUUCCGUGUUUUAUAAGAAGCUACCGAAGGUGGAGCUCCAUGCCCACCUGAACGGCUCAGUAAGCGCCCAGACAAUGGAGAAGCUCAUCCAGCGGAAACCGCACCUCAACAUUGAACGCAACAUGACAGCUAUCGGUAAAGGCCAGCGGAGGACACUGGACGAAUGUUUUGAGGUCUUCAAAUUGAUCCAUAAACUGGUGGACACGGAGGAGGAUAUCCACAUGGUGGCGACAGACGUCAUCAAAGAGUUUGCAGUUGACAAUGUCAAAUAUCUUGAGCUCAGAAGUACUCCAAGGGAAGAGAAAGGCACAGGACUAACAAAAAAGAGUUAUGUUGAGGCUGUCAUCAAAGCCAUUCAGCAGUGCAAAUACGAUGGGGUGGACAUAGACGUCAGGUUUUUGGUGGCCAUCGACCGCAGGUAUGGAACAGAGGUUGCAAUGGAGACCGUUAAGCUGGCUGAGGAGUUCAUGCUGUCCUCUGGAGGUUUGGUGUUGGGAAUCGACCUCAGCGGAGAUCCGAAGGUGGGGCAUGGCAGAUGUCUCCUUCCAGCUUUGGAGAGAGCUAGAAACUGUGGACUGAAGCUGUCAUUGCACAUGUCAGAAGUUUCCUCUCAGCUGGAAGAGUCUGAGUUGCUGCUGAAUCUUCCUCCGGACCGGAUUGGUCAUGGAACCUUCCUGCAUCCUGAAAUGGGUGGUUCUCAACCCCUCGUAGACCAAGUGGUGAAACACAACAUCCCUCUGGAGAUUUGCCUGACAUCAAACGUCAAAGGAAAAACUGUGCCAAGUUACUCCCAACACCACUUCAGAUACUGGUACCAGCUGGGACAUCCCUGUGUCAUCUGUACAGAUGAUAAGGGAGUGUUUUGUACGGAUUUGUCUCAGGAAUACCAGCUGGCUGCGUCCACCUUCAGUCUGAGUCCUGAUGCCGUGUGGGAGCUCUCAGAGCGGGCUGUAGACUGCAUCUUCGCCGGAGAAGCUGUGAAACAGCAGCUCAAACAGAAGUGGACUGAAAUAAAGCCUGGGCUCCUCAAGUGACCCAAGCUACGAGUUUAGAGAUGUUUUCAGACAUCUGGGCUUUUUUUUUUUUUUUUACUGAAAUCCAAAAACAAAAACAGUAAAAUAUAAAAGAUGUUUAAUACAUUGAGCUGAAGUGUUAGUUUUGCUGAUGUACAGUGUAAACUGUAAAAAAUGAACUCUGAGGAGCAGAAAUAAAAAUAAAAAACAAUUAUGAAUACA